CACUUUCAUCUGUCUGUUCAAGACAAGGCCCCAACAACUCUUGCUUCGCAUUUUCCCUUCAAUAAUGCGAUUCCUGAGCUGAUCAUUGAUGAUAAACACAUACAAUCCUCCAAAUUAACACAACCAAACAAAAUCUUCCAUUUCUGGGUAUAUUCAUCAUCAUCACCAUCUCCCUUCUUUCUGCAACUCAGCUCCAUCUACUAGACUGGCUCAUGAAAGCUCUACCAAUUUCCUCCUCUUGGUCCAAGAUCUCCUUCCAAAGAAAUGCUGAUUGCCCAGCAUUUAAUCCCACUGGACAUCAAGUGAGAUGUUUCCAAUCCAAGAAUUUUCUUAAUGUGGGGUUUCUUCGAUGCGUUAAACAGAAGCCUCUCCUCUCCGUUUCUGCGUCUACUUCUCCUCUAUCACCGGACUCCGAGACGGCGACGGACUUGGAGGAAGCACAGUCCAAAACCCAAGAAUCGUACCAACCAAACACGGUUCAUGUUAAAUUCCACCUGAACAAAGAGUGUUCCUUUGGUGAGCAGUUUGCUCUAGUUGGGGAUGAUCAAAUGUUCGGCAUGUGGGACCCUGAAAAUGCGAUACCAUUGAACUGGUCAGAAGGGCAUGUUUGGACUCUUGAGCUGGAUAUACCCAUUGGAAAAUUCGUCCAUUUCAAGUUCAUUCUAAGAGAAAUCACUGGGGAGAUUUUGUGGCAACCUGGACCUGAUCGAAUUCUUAAAACUUGGGAAACUAAGAAUACAAUUGUUGUUUCAGAAGAUUGGGAAGAUGCUGCAUUUCAGCAAGUAAUAGAGGAAGGGCCGAUUGCAGGGGAGCCUACCGGUAAUUCAGAAAUGCUCUUUGUUGCUGACAAAUUGACUACUAACUCAGAAAUGCUGGUUUUUGCCGAGAACUUGACUCACCCCAAGGGGGAUUUGGUCUCCGAUGGUAAUGAUUACCCAGCAAAUGAACAACAACCAUCGAAUCAUGAGAAACCAAUUACUGUUGAUAACAUUCCUCAGCCAGAAGAGACUGACACAAAGGAGGAUCCUGUAGAGGGAAUCAAUCAUGAGAAGGAUGAGAACAAGGCUAAUUUAAACAAGGAAGCAAUGACAGCAGGCAUGAAUUUAGCAAGCAUGAAUGUGGAAGGAAACCUGGUUGACGCUCAUGAAGGAGAUCCCUUUCUGGUACCUGGAUUGCCUCCAUCAUCAGCGUUUCCAAAUGACCCAGUAACCCAUGAUGAAGGUGAGACAAGCUUGGCCUUCGGUGCCUCAGUUGUAAAUGAUGAAGUUAAGAAUCAUAAUAUGCCAGAGUUAGUUGAGAAGCAUGAAGUUGUUGGUGAUCCACAUCAAGAAGAAGAAACAGUAGAGGCAUUGAGUGAUCAGGAACAGCUUCACAAUGAACACGAACAAAAGCCACUAGCUGAUGAGAUUGAAACUGGUGUUCUGCAAAAUGACAUUCAAUGGGGUCGAAAAACAUUAAAGAAGCUGCUAGUUAAUUUAGGAUUUAUGUAGCAUCAAACGCCAUAGCAGUUUAUUUUAGUGCUGAUGAAUAUUGUAUUGCUGCUCAGUUGCCUACAAUUUUUGAAGUAGCUUAGCAAACAGGAGGGAGGAUUGAGAUGAUAUUGGUAGCUAAUAGCUAUUACAUUGUACAGAAGCUUGCAACUCAUUCGUGAUAUUGUUGGUAGUCAAUAAAAUAUUGUAUUGCCUAGCGUAGCUUGCUAUAAAAUGCUUAUUUUUCUUUGCGUAGAUA